GUGAAACAGUCGAAGCAGAAAACGUCAAAUAAUUGUCUAUCAGAGCAUGUUAUAAAACUAGCGAAAACAGAAACGGUCACAGUUGAUGAGGAGUCAUGGAAAAAAGGAAGAAGAAUGAUAGAUCUAUUUUAUGUAGCCAAACAGCUCUUUUGUCGACAAUGCAAGGAGGCACUUGCUCUGAUAAACAUUACAUCAGAAAAAAAUAUGGGGUAUGCAAGCCAUUUGUUUAUACAAUGUGAAUGCGGGCAAGUUAAUAAGAUUGAGACCAGUGAAACACAUGUACAUGGAAAACGUGGCCCACAGGUGUAUGAUGUAAACACAAAAGCAGCAUUAGCAAUGAUAGAUGUUGGCAUAGGUGUUCGUCAGCUUUCCAGACUUAUGACAAUAAUGGGUGUCCCUGGUAGUUCUGAAAGAACGAUGAAGAAGAGAGAACGCGAGCUGUUUAAACCAAUGGUAGAUGUAGCACGAGAUUCAUGUCAUGAAGCAAUUACAAAGGAAUGUUCAGAAACAAGAAUUGCAACUCCAGGAAAAGGAUUGUCAGUAAAGUAUGAUAUGUGUUGGCAGAAGCGGGGAUCAGGUCGCUCGUACAGUAGUUCGUCGGGCGUUGGAACAGCAAUUGGUCAGCUUACUGGGAAAAUAUUAGAUUAUGACCUUCGUGUUACACAUUGCGCCAUAUGUCACAGUGCUGAGAAAGCCAAAUUAGACGCAAAACCACACAACUGUCAAAAGAAUUGGUCAAAAAGCGCAAAAGCCAUGGAAUCGUCAACAGGAGCAUCACUGAUGGAAAAUAUUGAAGAAGUUUCUGGGGUUCCUGUUGAUGUGCUUAUUAUGGAUGAUGAUUCAGCUACUUUGUCUAGGGUAAAAGAAGCUUUGGACCACGAGGUAAAAAAAUGGAGCGAUAUCAACCAUUCAACAAAAUCACUCGGUAAUGCUUUUUAUAAUUUGAAAUCUAAACACAAAACACUGAGUACAGAUAUCAUAGAAUAUUACAAAAUGUGUUUUUCAUAUGCUAUUCAACAGAAUAAAAACAAUGCAACUAAGCUCAAAGAAACAUUAACAGCAAUUGUUCCACAUUCAUUUGGUAUUCAUGACAAAUGUGGCAAUUGGUGCAAUAAAAGCAUUGAAAAUAAUUUUCAUAAAUAUCUCCCUCAUGGUAAACCGCUAACGGAUGAUGCUUUACGACAAGACGUCCAAAUCAUAUUUGACACAGUCGCUAACAAUGCUGAACGUCUAGCACCGGCUGGAUCAACAAAGGAUGUUGAAUCUACAAACAAUAUAUAUGCAUCUAAAGCACCUAAACGGUUUUGUUUCAGUAAAAGCGAAAAUCUGAAAACACGGGUGAGCGCUGCAGUGUUGCAAAAAAAUAUAGGGUAUUCUUAUAUUUCAUGCAUAAAUACACAAGCUAACCUUUUAACGGAUGCAAUCACUAAUAACCAUUCUGAAAAAUUGUCAAAAGAGAGAAAACGGAAACGGAAGUACUCCCAGCAACCAAUUGUAAAAAAGCGGCGUUUAGAAAAGAAGAAAUUUAGGAAUAAAUUAAUACAGACAGAAAAAAAAGAGGGUGUUACUUAUAAAUCUGGAUUGUCUCUUAGUUUAGUAACUGAAGAUAAAGAGAUCCCGGGAAUCAAACAGAAACCAGCAUUAUUGCCCUUUUCAUCUUUUACUGGUAGUUGCAUACUUUUUGACCUGGAAACAUCUUCGCUGAAAUUAGAUUCCGAAAUUCUGCAAAUAGCUGCACUAAACAUAGUCUCUGGUGAUAAGUUUGAUACGUAUAUUCAGCCGAAUAAAUCAAUAGCGCCGAGUUCCAGUGCUGUUACUGGUUUAACAGCAAAUGGAAAUAUCCUUUUUUACAAUGGAAAACCUGUUCAUGCAGUUACUUCGGAAUCAGCUUUCCAGAGUUUUGUACUUUGGUUAGAACAAUACGGUCAGGUCAUGCUUGUUGCACAUAAUUGCAAAUUAUUUGAUGCAAGGCGUUUGAUUAAUAACAUGUCCAAACUAACCUGCUAUGCAGCUUUCAGGAAAUCUGUUUUUGGAUUCGCCGACACGCUUCCGCUUUUCCGGCAAAAAUUUCCAGGCCUAAAUAGCUACAGUCAGCAAAAGUUAUUUGAACAUUUUUGUAAUGAAAAGUACAAUGCACAUAAUGCCGUUGAUGAUGUCGAUUCCUUACAUAAUUCAUUCAAAAAUGUGUGA